GUAACCGGAAAAGCCUCUGAUCACAACUUCCACCCAUGUGUAUGUGGAGAUUCCAGUGUGAUCGACUUCAGACUAGUUAGGAUAAAGUUUCUCGUCUUAGUUUAGUUUGAUAUCAGCGGUGUGAGGCUGCCGUCCCGGUGAAAACAUGGCGGAGGUCGUUCAGCAGCGGAUCGAGGACAGGAUUCCUGAGCUGGAGCAGCUGGAGAGAGUGGGACUAUUCACCAAGAAAGAAGUCAAAUCUAUAAUCAAAAAGGUUACAGCUCUUGAAUACAAGCUCCACAGGCUGAUCGUGAACAAGGAGGACUUCAUUGCAUACAUUCAGUAUGAAAUCAAUGUCUUAGAGUUGAUCAAGAAAAGAAGAGCGCAUAUACACUAUCAUUUCAAACGAGAGGAGAUUGAAUUCCCCAUCAUCCACAGAAUAAGUAGCAUCUUCAGAAGAGCAACAAAGAAGUGGAAGGAUGAUGUGCAGCUGUGGCUUUCACAUGUUGCUUUCUGCAAGAAAUGGGAAACCAAAGGUCAGAUCAGCAAGGUGUUCUCAUCUAUGUUAGCUAUCCACCCUGACAAACCAGCAUUGUGGAUCAUGGCUGCCAAGAGUGAGCUUGAGGACCGAAAUUCCUCUGAGAGUGCCCGACACUUGUUCCUGCGAGCGCUGCGUUUCCACCCAGACAACAAGAAGGUCUACCAGGAGUAUUUCCGUAUGGAGCUGCUGCACUGUGAGAAGCUGAGGAAGCAGAAGGAAGAGCUGGAGAAAGCCGAAAUGGAGUUGGGUGAAUAUGAGUUUUCUCCAGAGAUCCUUAGUGGAAAACUGGCAGAUGUUGUGUACAAAGAUGCUACGGCAAAAAUCAAAGAAGCAGAAUUUGUAAUCUCACUCCUGAACAUAGCAGCCAUCUUUGAUUUUACCAAAGAACUCCAAGACUCCAUCCUGCAAGACUUGCAGGCCAACUACACAGAGGACAGCUUGACGUGGGAUUUCAUGGCUAAGAGGGAGUUGGAGGCCCCAGGGGUGGAUGAGGAGCUCUACACCGCCAAAGGCCGGGCCUCGGACAUUAACCGCAGAGAGGAGCGCUGCUGCCAGGUCUAUGAAGAAGGCCUCAAGAGCCUCAACAGUGAGCCGAUGUGGACUCGCUAUGUUGUUUUCUGCUUGGAAAGACUAAAGAGGAAGACCAACGUCCAGGAGCUCAAGGAAAAAAGGCAAGAGAGGCUGUUGGAAGUUUUACAACGUGCCCAUGACUCCUCACUGCUGAAGGAGAAUUUUUACAAAAACUGGCUGGAGAUCCUGCUGUCGUCUGGGGAUGCCGAAGCUGCAGCCACCCUCGCCUUGUCGGCCACGCAGCGCUACAACCAAUCUGUGUCCGUCUGGAGUCUCUGUCUGCAAACGUUAAUGCAGCUGGGGUGUGGAGACAUGGCCAAGCUGUUCCACGACGCUCUCACACAUGUUAAUCCCAAGGAGAGUCUAUCACUAUGGCAGCUGCAGCUUCAGUGGAGCAUGGCCAACCAGAGUGCUGAGGAGACGGAAGCAAUCUUUAAGAGAGGUUUGCUGUCCACUGUCACGGCUAUCGCCAUGGAGAUGAAAGAGCUCUAUCUCGAAUGGUCUUACUCAGUUGGAGGAUAUAAGAAAGCCAGAAAGACCUUUACAAGUUUACAAGAAAAUCGUCCGUUGUCUAAGAGGUUUUUCACCAGCAUGAUUCAAAUUGAGAAGGAACAAGAAACUCCGAAGAUUAACAAUCUGAGAGAUUAUUAUGAGAGAGCAUUGCAGGAGUUUGGCUCUGCAGAUGAUGACCUGUGGCUGCAGUACAUCCAGGAGGAGAUGGGAGCGCUUGGCCGGCCAGAAAACUGCGCAAAGAUCCACUGGAGAGCCAUGAAGUUCCUGGAGGGGGAGAGCGUGGAGAGAUUCACCUCCAAAUACACUCUGCUUCAGACCGGACACUUGUGAGGGGAACUGAAAGAUGCAGCCUAACACGCCAAACGACCACAUCUGCACGUGGUGUUACGCUAAUAAUUACCUUAAACAUUGUAAUUUUGCAAAAGAAUAGUGAUAGGUGCAUGAACCAGGUUGAAGCCUAUUGGCCUUUAGCUAAAAUAAAUCAAGAUUUUUACCCCAAGCAAUCUCCUGAAAUUUUGUGUCAUUUUCAACACUGCUAUAUAUUUUUUUUAUAUUUAAGUGGUUGUUAGAUGUAAUUCGAGUUCAGUGCCUUCUGUGACCAGAGUUACACAAAAGUGUAAAUUAAUUAUAUGCUUUUUAAAUUUUACUAUGGGAAAAUUGUGCAGCAUGAAGGAGCUUGUUGAUUCUUCUUUAGGGUUCUAGUCAUGUUCCAGUUAAAGAAGCCAACAAUUCAUUUGGUUCUGUGAAUUCUACUUUUUUUUUUUCACAAUACCAACUUUUACGGCUGUUCUAUUAAAAAAAAUGUUUGAUCUGGCUGUGCUUUCUGAUCCCGCUAAAAUACCAGCACAUAGAUCCAGUGUUUGCCUUCACUAUAAAUAUUCUCAUAGUAGUUACAACCUUACAAUGUAAAAAAAUAAUCUGAAACUGUUUAAAAGUACAAACCAACCUAUAUGAAACAUUAAAAUGGCAAUAAACCUCUAUAUUUAAUUACAGCUUUUAAGGACACUUAAAAAUAGUGGCUUAUUUUUACUGCAGUGGUACCUAAAGUCUUGGUUAUGAGGUAUACAAUGUUUAUGGGGAAAAAAAAGCACAUAAAAUAGAUCUUCAUAUUCUAUGCAACAUAUCAAACAACAUAUAAGAGCAAGUAGAAAAUGCAUUCGGCUAAUGUAGAACGGCUUGUAAAAGUACUUGGUUUAAAAUUUCAAAAUAUUUUAAGCCAUCACCAUCACAAAGUAGAGCACAAUUAUAAAGUGGAAGUAGGUUUUCAAAAUGAACAUCAAUGCCCCUUUUACUACAAGUAAAGAAAACCCAGUACAACUAACAGCCUCCAUUAGUGACCGAAAUGAGCAAGUAUCGUAAUUCUUCAUUAGGGUUAUGGUCAUGGGAGUCACAAGAAGCUUCGGCUCAGGUAACAAAACAACCAGACACCAAGUGGCAGUCUGGAAAACUUUACAUUUUGAAAUACAGCUGACCCAAAUUAUUCCAGAUGUAACCAAAGUAGCAAAAUGCCCUUACACUCAAAUGUCUAGAAUGUUACAAAAACUUAAAAAGCAGAAAGUGUGAGACGUAAAAAAAGACCUGGGCCACGUGAAACACUGAACUACACAUUAUCAUAAUGGUACAACUGGGUCAUAGCAGCGUCAUGCUGUGGGCUGCUGUUCUUCAGCUGGGACAGGAGAAGUGGAUGAAAUACUGUAAAAUACAAGGCAAUGAUGGAGGACAAUGAAGAUCUUAGUGAAAAACGUAGAACCCUUUACUUCCUUCCAUCCACUUCACAAUUUUCACUACAUUGUGCUGGUCUAUCACAUAAACUCCUGUUAAAAUCCAGGGAUGUUUGUGGUUGGAUGUGAAAAUGUUAAUGUGAAGCACACUAACAGUAAAGUCUCUUAAACUCUAAUGGAGCAACAUGUUCCUGACCACAACAGAGUAAAUUUAAAAAUUGGGUUAAACAAAAACAUAUCUCUGGGUUUAAGUCAGGGGAUUAAAACCUUUACAGUCCAAAACGUAAUUUUUCUCCUCAGUCCAGCUAA